AUUAGAGGAACGGUACCCGGAAUACAAGGUCGGGUUAACACGAAAACCAUUUGCUACAAUCGGGUACAGAGCGUAUGGAAAUUGGGGCAGUGUUGCAGUAUCCGUGGCCAUGAAUAUCACCCGAUUCGGCACCAGUACUGUAUUUCUACUUAUUGUAUCCAGUCUACUACAGGGGGUGUUCACGGGUCUGAACGCCGCUAAAGUCAUGAAUUUAGGGGUUUGUUCGUGGGUUCCGAUAGUAGGCAUAACCCUCACACCAUUCAUGUGGUUGGGAUCGCCGGCUGAUUUCUGGCCCGCGGCCUAUACAGCCAUGAUAUCCACUGUUUUGGGAUCAGUAUUACUAUUGAUUAGUAUAGGAAUCGACUCCAAGAAUCGUGCGAAAGAUGCCGUCUAUGCGAUGCCUACUUUUAUCAACUUUUUCAAGGCUUUCGGGAAUAUUCUGUUCGCUUUCGGAGGCGCCAGUGCUUUCCCUAACUUUCAAAAUGAUAUGAAAAAUAAGGAGGAGUUCCCCAGAGCUGUCACUUUUGGCUUCAUAGGUCUCCUAGUGCUAUACAUACCGGUGUCGGGUGGCGGGUAUGGUGUCUAUGGAACUAGUGUUCACCCGAACAUUAUAGCGGACUUACCUGCCAAUGGGUUGACCACAACAAUUCAGAUCAUGUUUUUAAUUCACUGUUACUUCGCUUUCCUUAUUAUAAUAAAUCCGGUUUUACUCGAAAUCGAGGAAUUGUUGAAUAUUCCUAAACACUUCAAUUGGAAGAGGUGUGCGUUUCGUACGAUACUAAUGGCGGCGAUGGUGUUCACGGGGAUGUCAGUGCCCACGUUUGGCGACAUUAUAGAUCUGAUUGGGGGAACGACUGUCGCGUUCAUGGCGUUCGUAAUGCCUCCCAUUUUCUAUUUCAAGCUGUGCUCCGACGAUGGGAACGGCGCCUGGACUAAGAAGUAUGCCUACAUUAGUAACAUAUACCUGACCCCAUGGCUGAUCCCAUAUAUUAUUGGAGAGAUUCCCCGCUAUAUGAAGAUAAUUCUCAUCCAAAUCGCUAUACUUGGAGUGAUUGGUGGCAUCGCAUCCACCUAUUCAUCCAUCGCCUCAUUCGUAGACCCCAACACCAGUCUAGAGCCGGCCUGUUAUGUCCGGCACACCAAUAAUACAUACUUUUAUAAGUCAUAAUGAAUUUUAUUGUAGAUUUUAUUUUAAUUUUCCUUGAUUAUGUACUUAACACACAAGUAUUAUUUAUAUCGAUACUUAGAUUUUAUAAUUAUUUUAUUGGAUUCCAUGUAUUAUACAUUAAAUUAUAAAUAAAUAUUAUUAUCAACUAAC